CACACACACACACACGGCUGGGGGGUGCGGCGGCGGCGGGCAGCAGCAUCUCGGCUGCUAGACGCGCAUCGGUGCGCCUUGUUCAGCGGGGGAACGCGCAGGAUCGGCGCGCAGGAUGAUCAUGGACUCCCGGCUGGAGAUGUAGCUGCCAGGAUGCUGCCGAACAGAGUCCGUCUUCUGCUCCUGCUCGCCUCGGUCUGCACGGUUUGGGAGGCUCUGGCCAAAUCCGUGCCAGACCAGGGAGCCUUUGAGGUGCAAAUUAAAGUCCAGGUUUUUGACAACAGUGACCUGUCGCCGUUGGCGGAUGCUCAGGUGAACGUUCAUGGUAAUAAGACCCUUCUGGCGUCCGGCCGUGCGGGGAAUGACGGCGUGGUGCGAGUCAGCUUCCUGUACCGGACAGGCUCGUGGGUCAUCAUCACAGCCGCUAAGCGGGACUAUGUCACCAACUCUGUGCCCUGGCACUCCAGCCGCAUCCCCUUAUAUGCAUCUGUCAGCCUGUACCUUCUAGUUCAGAGGCCGGGAACUCUUAUCCUGUACGAGGAUGUCCUGCAGGUUCUGUCUGGGUCCCCAGGAACUCAUAACCAGCCGCUGGUGCAGCUCCAGAGAAAGUCCCUUCAGCUGCCUUCCACCUCCAAUUACACCGCGCUGUCUGCAGCACUGACCACAGCCAGGAGUCAGUAUGAGAUUGGAGGUUUCCCUUUCCUCCUGGGCCAGGACACCAACAGCUCAGGUGCAGAAACCGGCUGGGCAGACCUGACAGCGCUGGCUGUGGUCAGCGUUGAACUCUACGAUAAAGAUGGAAGUGCAGUCAGAGCGUCCGAUCCCAUCCACGUCUCUGUGCCGCUGCCUUCUGACACGAGGAACCGGAUGGCCACCAGUGUGCCUGUCUGGCUCUAUCAGCCAACGAGUGGACUGUGGGUUCGGAAUGGGACUGGUUACAUUAAAAAGGACGGUAAUCAGUUUGUGUGGAAUGUGGUGGUUCCUCAGAUGGGAUACUGGUUGGCAGCCUUUCCUUCAUCUUCAGGUUUCAGUCUGUCUCACCCGGGAUUGAGGGACAUCACCACCUACCACACCCUGUUCCUGCUCUGCAUUCUUGCUUCAUUGGCCCUCCUGGUGCUCAUACUCCUCUGUGUACUGCUUUACUACUGCAGGCGAAGGUGUUUAAAACCCCGUCGACAGCAAGGCAAACCCCACAUGUCCAAUCUGAAUGGCGCUAAAAGAGACCAGGGCACAUCUACGUCACGUCUAAACCUGAUCUGUGGAGGCCAUGCUGAGUCAGGCUCCUCCAACGACAAAUCAGAGUUAUCCCCGUCUCGAGACUAUCAAAGCUCAAGGGAGGACUUGACCAAGCAAGUUCCAGCCCACAUGCUGCGACACACAAAGGGAAAAAAUGCUUCUACUUCCCAACGAGGAGAGAGCUUCCCCAUGAAGGUCACACGAGCCACAGAAACCAACAACCUGGACAACCCUUUGCUGAGUGAGGAAUACAACCGGAGCUACAGCCCCAAGGAGGGUAAAGAUUUGGAAUAUCACAAACACCACAACGACAAUCGGGGAUAUUCAUCGGAUCCCCCUUCCCCCCCUCGCUUCCAGGGUUAUGUGCCAAGUCAGUCAGACAAACCUCCGGAAUAUUCUGCAGCAGCAGCAGACAGCAUUGCCAGACCUACUUCUCUCAACACCCAACCAGGUCAGAUUAUCUUCUGCAGCUCCAUCGACCAGAUGAAGGAAAACAUGUACCGAAGCAUGGUGCCCACCCUGGUUAUCCCAGCACACUAUAUGCGCAUUCCGUCAGAGUUUUCUAGUAAGGAUGGCAAAGACCAAAAGGACCAGGACAAAGACGCACAGAUGGGAGGAGGUCAACAUCACCACCACCACCACCAUUCUCAGAAACAAGGCCAGCAACAGCAGCAACAGGGAGGAUCCCAAGGUGACGAUUCCGAGGAACCAAGCUGGGCAUCGGACUCGUCUGGUGGAGCUGUGACCAUCCCAGUCCUUUUCAAUGAUUCUACAAUGGCUCAGAUGAACGGAGAAUUGCAGGCUCUAACUGAGAAGAAGCUGCUAGAAUUGGGAGUCAAGCAGCACCCACGGGCUUGGUUCAUCUCUCUAGACGGACGUGCCAAUGCUCAUGUGCGCCACUCAUACAUAGAGGCUGGGAAUGAUCUCAGUGGUGGGGGGUUUGGAAGCGGUUCCAGUAGUGCUCAAAGAGAUAUUAACCUUGAGCCGCCCCUGGAGUCUCAAGAGCGAAAAUCAGGUGCCAACAGGAAGGUUAAAGAAGAGCGUUGGGGGACCGGAGGGCGCAAGGGCCUCGGUGUACCCAGCAGUGGCGGAAAGAGUUAUUCUAAGCUGGCCUACCCCGACCACAGUGAACCCAGCAGCAUCGAGGGACGCCCAGUGUCCCCCGAGGAGAAUUCGCUCACCCCUCUUCUGGACGAAGGCGCAUCCUCGCGAGGAUCCACUAUUACCAGAAGAGGCCGAAGCCGUGUGAACAGCAGCCGCAGCAGCAACAGUGAGAACAGACGGGACUCCAUGACAAGUCCUGAGGACGAUCCAGAGGACAAAGACGAGAACAAGAAGAGCCCCUGGCAGAAGAUCGAAGACAGGCCUCUCAUGGUCUUCCACCCCAGAAAGUAAGCGACUUACUAAACACUGGACCUUCAAGACACAGAGGGGAGACCUUCCACACGGAAAAUUAAAUACAGGGGAUGCUUUCCCAGAGAAGGAUCCCAACAAUCACCACUGCUGUGCUGGUUUGUUUUCUGAUGGUUUGACGUUCCCAUGAUGUUCUUUGAUCAGUCUCAGUCCUUCCCUUCAUUUUCUACUGUUAUAGACUGAUUCUGUCCAGUUUUUUGUGCAUCCUUUUACAUGUCCAAACCAUGUCUGAGCCAUUGACUCUACUGACUUUGGAAAUAGCCAUUUUAUAGAGCAAAAUUAAAAGAACUUAAAGACAAUUUGAUAACUGAUUGAUAUUUAGUAAAUGUUUUUGAAGGUUAGGGUUAAGGUUACGAUCAGGGAUCUGUUCUUCAGGGUAACUGAACGUCUUUAGUUUUACUGCUGAUGGGGAAUUCCUCCAGAACCAGAGAAGCUACUUGGAUUAUUGUGAAACUUUAGGUGCCCUGAAAAGCAGAGCCUUCUUGUUUUGGUAGAAAGGAGAUUUGUAGGGGAUACAUUGAAAUGUAAAUAAAUCAGAUUCCCUUUUUGUGUGAAGUUUGCACAAAGUUUCACUUAUUUGACCUAAAAUGUAUGUAGAAUCUGUUUCAUUGGAAAAAAGCAGAAGUUGUCUAAAUCCUGAAAACGUUUGACACCAUCCAUCAUGCAACCUGCACUCGGCGGUGCACCUGAUUUCCUUCUGCACAGUAAUGCAGUUCAUCAUUUAAAUAGCAACGGCUGGCAUAAUCAAGCAUCGGUAGCAGUCUUUCACUGACUUCAUUUAUUUCUGUAGAGUUCUGCCAAAUACUUCUGCCUUUUUCUUGGACUUAAUCAGCAGACUUCUUGUAAAUAGCCUAACAGACAUUUGAUAGGUUUAUCCUAUUGGAAUAGGAAGGCUGCAUGCAGAUGAAUGUAUGACGUUAACUGAAGGCGCCAACAGCUGCCCCUCAAUGUUGGGUUCCUUUGUAAACAUCGCCCUAUUUGCCAAGAAAUAUGUGAAAGUCCGCCAAACAGCCACUUCACUUGAAGCUUCACUGCUGAGAUCUGCGCAGUUGCUCGUAGACGGGGCCUUUGCCCCUCUCUCUACUGUAAGUGCCUUCUUUCACAAAGGAUGGGGUGACAGGCAUACCCUUUAAAAUGCAGUUUUUGUCACCUUGACUUGGCUGUCGAGAUCAGCAGACACUAAUAAGCACACGCUGCAUUUUUGGCAACGACAACACCUGUCCCUCUGGAAAGCAUGCCGGCUAAAACGGACGACUUUCCUUGUGGCUGUUUCGUCACUGAUGAUCUAAAUUUCUGGUACUCUUUUUCACCAAACUUGUAAAUGGUGUGAUAAAUUCUUAGAGAACUGAUGUGUAUACGAUGUGCAUGUAAGAUGUAGAAUAGGGUGUUUUUAAUAAAACCUGUUUUUUUGUGAGGAGGUUUGGCAAAAAUGGGCUUCACAGACGCACUGACACACGUCGCCAAAUGAACUCUGCUAUAUGAAGAAACACCGACUUUUCCCUCAGUCUUGCUCUAACGAAACUCACUUCCGGUCGUUAAUGUUUACAAGAAUAACAUACUGACCACCACCCUCCUGCCGUCACUGCCUGUGGCACAUCAGUAACUGUGAACUUGAAAAUGUUUUCCAUUGUUCUUUUUCUUUUGCUGCAAAGUGACAGUUUGCCUUCCAAGUGGAAAUGUUGGGACAUUCACACUGACAUGUUUCUGUUGUUUGCUUGCUGUUCAUAAGCCUGUACCACCUCGCCUACGGCGCCAAUCUGAAGGAGAACCCUGCCAUAAACCACACGUCCACUGCUGUAAAUGUACAAGUUUAGAACCAUUUAUGGAAUAACUAAGAGUUGUGAAGUAGUGACUCUCCUGUCUUGGUUUUUGUUCUGCAGUCAAACCUGUGUUUUUGUUUCCUGUGUAGAUUUUGUGAAUUUUUGCAUUGGAGAAUAUUCAGGCACAAAGGAUUCAUGAAGAAAUGAAUCGGAUCAGACACUUCAAAGCUGACACCCAACUAAAUUGGAUUUUAAUCCAGUUUAGGAGGGUUAAAGUGCAGGCUCUCAUUCUGUGCAGAAAAACAUUUGCUUUAUCUACCCAGUCAGGAAUUUGUAAACUGUACAUUCAUUAUUUCUGUACACAAAACAACUUAUAAAUAAAUUGGUUCCCACUGUA